AUGGGGCGAAAAGAAGAGAUGUUGUCCGAUGAUGUGCAGGGACUAGGCAAUUUGUUUGCCGCGGGCGAUCAGGAAACAGAGGAGGUGUGCCCCAUUGAGGAGAUGCUUGUGGAUCGCCUGCAGUUGAGUCGCGAGGGCACCACAACUGCGGGAUUCACGCCACUUCUGGAGCACUUUGAUAAAGGAACAGCCGCGCAGAAAAGGGGGGCGGAGGAACGUGCUGAGGGCAACCUCAGACCACUGAGAGUGUAUUUCCGCAACAAGCGACAUAGUCUCUGGGGCCACAGGCUAUGGAAUGCGGCGAAGUACAUGGUGAAACGGAUGGACAGUCGCAUGAUUGAUGUGCGCGGCAAGACUGUGCUGGAGCUUGGCGCCGGGCUUGGAGUUCCGUCCCUCGCCGCUUUCCGCAACGGUGCACGUUGUGUGGUGGCAACGGACUACCCUGACGGCGACCUCCUUGAAAUUCUGGAAAUGAACGUGAAGGCAAACUGCAGGGCUGAUAUGAUUGAUGUCGAUGCUGCGGCUUUCUUAUUGCAAGAGGCAGAGCGGCUAAAAUUGGCACAGGGGUGUGAAAAAAGCGGCGAAACGGUGUUUUCUGAGGCAGAUCGUCAAAGGGCGCUAAGCACGCGCUGCGUCGUAGAGCCACUGCUGUGGGGCAAGCAGGAACACAUCCAAAAGGUAAUGUCAUACACUGGUGGUGGUGGCUUUGAUAUUGUACUGCUUUCAGACAUUCUCUUUAAUCACGUCUGUAACGAUGACCUCGCGGACACGAUUGUACGUGUACUGCAACGUAGUCAACAUGCCGCCGCAUAUUGUGUCUUCUCACACCACCGAGCGCAUAAGCAGGUGGAGGACUUGGAGUUCUUUGACAAGUGUGUGGCACGUGGUCUGCGCUGUGAGCAGGUGGACGAAGAGAAUUACCCCAUGAUGUUUCCCGAUGACAGCGGCCCGGCGGAAAUUCGGCAGCCUGUCAAAACGUAUAAAAUUGUUCAUUAUUUCGAUGAUGCCGGAAUGGCGUUUCAGCCUGGAAAUGACGUAUUUGAUGUUGUCAUUCAGGGCACGGGGAUGGUGGAGUCCAUAGUGUCUGCGGCACUCGCUCGAAGCGGAAUCCGCGUGCUUCACUGCGAUGGUGAGGAUGACUACGGUGGUGCCUUCAAGACCAUGACGGUGGAACGAAUGCGAGAGUACAUUACAGGCCCCCUACCCGCAUCGCUGGACGGUGCGGCCGACAACAGGGACGGGAGGGGUGACCACGAGGAGAACCAUCCACGCUGCAACGACGGAGUCAUUGCCGUGGACCGCAUGGAUGAACUCAAAUUGGGUGAACGGCGUAGCUUUCUACUGGAUCUGCUUCCAACGCAUUACCUCUCGAAUGGUGAAACUGUGCGUCAGCUAAUUUCCUCUGAUAUGGCACGCCACAUGGAAUUUCAAUGCUUCGGUGGCUUCUUCUUCAUGAUCCCGUCGAGUGAGGGUGGGAUGCAGCUGCGAAGCAUCCCUCUCUCCCGUGCGCAGGUUUUUGCUACAAAUCAUAUGAGUCCUCUACAAAAGCGCCGUCUGAUGAAAUUCGUGAAGGACGUGGAGGCGCCACUUGCAGAACAGCUGCAUGCUCUUACGGCGGAUGUCGGGGACGAUUCACUCUCAGAGGCUGCCUUGGAAAGGUCCCGCAUUGCCUCCGAAGAGGCGAAACGUAUGUUCGCACAGGAAAUUCAUGAACACCCCAACGAAACGUUAUCUACCAUGAUUGAACGUAAGUAUGGCAUUAGUGGAGCCGCAAUUGACAUAGUGACACUCCUGCGACAGCUGGAUACUCAACCUGUGGAUGUGUUGCACUCUGUGGAGUUGGUGAGGCAAGUCCUUACUUCUGUUGGAGCCUUUGGGAGCAUGACGCCUUUUAUUCAGCCCGCCUACGGUACUAGUGAAAUGCCGCAGAAUAUGUGUCGUGUUGCCGCAGUAUGGGAUGCCACCUUUGUGCUGCGACGUAGUCUACUUUUGCCCUGUUGUCAUCGGGAGAAAAGUGCUGUGGAUCGAAGCACGCCGUCGAUUGAGAUGAGCAACCGUCAGCGUGUAAAGACGAAGGUGGUAUUGGUGCCCCGCACAUUGGCCAGCCAUUUCUUGGCGUCGUCAUCAUCGUCUUCUUCUUUUUCUCCUGCUCCCGCCGAAACACUGACGGUGACGGAGCAUAAUAAUAAUAACAUUAUUAACAAUAAGGUGCGUUUCUCUCGCGUCAUUAUGGUUGCAACGACGCCGCUUGUCUCAUGGACCGCACUGCGAUCUGCCGGCUGCACGGAUGACGAAGUGGCUGGAAAAGAUGAUACGAUACAGUCGUUUCCGCCGCUCUUCCUUGCACUGUGUGAGGUACGGCCUGGUGUGGUGGUGCACAUCCAGCAGGUGAGCGCCGCCUCGGAACAGGCACCAAACGAUGGGAGUUCUGUUGUUGUGCAUUUCACAGCAAAUGCGCGGGAGAUGGGCGCGGAGGAACUGCGCCAGUUUGUUUCGCAAACAUUUGUGCGGUAUGCUUCCUCUCCAGAUGUUAAUAACUGUCAUUGGGUGGAUUCGACGGCGUUGCUCUUUCUUGCCUCCUUCACCGUGAGGGAGGAAGUGGAGGCGCUGCGGGGUUUUGUCCGUCCCGUUGCAGUUGACGGGUCCGACGUCAGUGAGACACGCAAAGCCCACCCGUACGCCGUGGAGGAAUACCGCAAGCGCCUGCGUAAACAGCGGCAGAUAUGUGGCGGGGACUCGGAUGGUGGCGAUUACUCUCCCAUCAUUUUGCCUGUGCAGACACUUUUUCCGAACCUUAUUGACGAUGGCGCGUAUCUUCGGGCAGCACGGCAGUUGUAUGACGAGGUGGUGAAGAGGCUGCAGCCACAAGAGGGCAGCGGUAAGACGUACACAUUCCUCGAACGACUACCACCGAUUUCCGGGCUGGAGUUGUGA